GUUUCUCCAGCGAAUUCGCCCCAUUCUUUGACUUGUACGAGUCUACAGCCUCUCAGAAUUCCUAUACACCUCUUUCCUCGCUAAAAACGCGUUACAAUGGCUCCAAUUCGAACCAUGACUACUCGUCGAUCUCGGCGCUUGUCCAGUCAAGUACCAGUCCGAUACGAUGAGGAAGGCUGGGAGGCCACCGACUUGCUCAUGUACCUCACUACGCCAGUAUCCGAGGCACCUUCCCCAUCCCCGUCUGCCUCUUAUUCUUCGACUCAGUCUGACACUCCUUCUCCUCGCCGACAUACGCCUUCCCAUCGUCGUACUCCGGAUUACGUCCCCCGUCCCUCCAACUCGUUCAUACUCUUUCGUUCCGACUUUUGGCGUGACAACAAGGACACCAUACUCGAACGCGACCACUCCAAGAUUAGUACUAUCUGUGGAGAACGUUGGAGAGCCCUGCCACCCGCUGAGAAGGAGGUCUACACGGUCAAGGCCCGUCGCGCUAAGGAGGAGCAUCUCGCGAAGUAUCCUGACUACAAGUUCGCGCCAGUGUCGCGACGGAAAAAGACAAGGAAAGUAGUGGGAAAGGAUCGUGAUAUGAUAGAGGCUAGGUGUGAGAAGAUUGCGAUGAUGAUAGGAGAAGGCGUCGAGGGGAUGGAGUUGGAGAGGACACAGGAGAUUGAGGAUACGUGCAAGACCCCGACCCCAUUGACACCAGCGACGGAACGUUCGCCUACGCCGGUUCCUGUCGUCGAUUUCCCUGCUCCCGACGAAUCGGUCUGCGAUGAAGAGGAAGAUGGAUUUGUUCCCACCUGCGACAUUCCACCCCUUGACUUGAAUGCUCCUGGCUUAGAAUUGUACAACCAUAUCCCGGAGCCUCCUAGCUAUGCGCACAUUGACCCACAGUUCGGUUUCAAGGACAAUGUGGACGCGGACAACUGCUUUUGGUUCAAACCUACUGGUGAAUUCGUCAACCCGCCCGCUGUUCUUCCCACUUUCACUUCCGACCUCUUCCAGCCUUUCGGUCUCGACGGUACCUAUGCGCCAGAGUAUGGAUUAGGUCUGUCCGACACCGAUCUUGCUUUCAACUCUUUUAACGAUGCUUGGACGCACGCCUAAUUCGAAGUUCCCCCGAACUGAUGGUCUUUGAAAACAUCCCAUAUCUUCCUCGACUGUAUUUAUAGCAUUAACUCUCCGAGUCAUGCAUUCGCUGUAUUAUAGAUACCUACCUCCUACCCACGAGCCCCCACUUUUUGCGAAUUCUCUCUCCCAUUGAAGAUACUCUUACACGUGGUCCAAUUCUUACCACAUUUAUCCUCAUCACCUACGCAAGCAAACCAGUA